CCUCUCUCCUUCAACCCCACGACACAUCAAACAAGCUGAGCAAGAUGGAAUCUACACUUUCCGGUCAGCCAUUGACCAUUGAACGACCAGAAGGUUUCAGUUGGGAGGACUGGCUGUCUAGUUCUGCAGACCGUCCUAAUGAGAUUGAGCCAGGCGAUCCAGACCAAGAAUGGAACGAGAUUAAGUUGUACUUGUCACAGCGCCGAUUCCAAACUGCAUGCGAACAGCGAAGGGUGAAUUUCCAGGAAAAGAUCCACCUUAUCAUGGCCACGCUCCGGCGUAUGGAGACGGAAUUUGUGGAGGCGGAGGAUGCAAUUGAGGUCGAAAUGGUCAACACUUUCUCAUGGCACAUCAUGGUGCGUAAGACUAGCAAAUCAUCCAUCUCUUACUUGUCACUAAACUUUCCGACAGAAUCUUGGUAUAGAGCAACUCCGUAAAAGAAUCAUACCUACCUAUACUUUUGAUAGGUUUAGGGAAUUACCAAUGGAAUUAAGGCUUCGGAUAUGGUCAUUUGCUUCUCGUGUCGAGGAUCCACGCCUCCAUAUGCCCCUUAGAAUACCGGAAGGUGGUGUCGAUUAUGGCCGAUACCAGCAAAGGCAUCGCGUUCCUUCCAUUCUGCGCACCUGCCGGGAGUCUUGACGCGAGGCUUUAAAGGUCAACACUCUUUUCUAUUCUGGGGCUAGCUUUUACGACCCUGGGUAUCUUAAUACCCUCUACGAUACCUUCUAUUUUGGUCAAACACUGCGUUGGUUUGACUACAAGAUAUUCGUCGAUAUAAUGAUUAAACAAAACACCACUCGAACCAUGCCCUUGAGCAUAUUACGAAAUUUGGAGCAGUUCAAAUCAAUACGACACAUAAUCAUUGAUCAGAGGAUAUUUGGGGCUUUACCACCCAAAGUAUGGACGGAGUUUCCACGGUUGGAGACUCUCGCUGUUGUGUCUUACCCUCGCGGCGAAGCGUGUGAGGUGUGGGGGUUUCUUAACUCAGCCAAUCCAAUAGAACCCAAGUUUUUCGAGCCACCUCCCUAUUCCAUCAAUGGACGUUGUGCAGCACAAGUGAUGAAAUACGCCGUUGAUUGUAUGGAUCGGGCCCAAUCGGAAGUCCCAAAUUGGGUGAAGCCGAAAAUCAUGGUUAUCCAACGAGUGUCAAACUUUGAAGAGGAAGAGGGAAUGCGUGGUGCAUUGGAUGUGGAGGGAGAUGAGAUGAGUGAUACAUGGGAGGAGGAGGAGGAGGAGGAGGAAGAAGAAGACGACGACGAAGAAGAAGAAACAAGUGAUACGUUGGAGGGUGAGGAAGAAGUGACUGGUGAUACAUUAUUGGAGGAGGAAGAAGAAGAAGAAAGGAGUGAUCUCGAUGACGACGAUAGAGAAAUGAGGGCUACUUACAGGGCACGUCUUAAGAGGGAAAUGGUUUUCAAUGUGCCGAUGAACGAAAUCAGACGUUUCAAGCACCAAUACCAUCCUAGUCAACGAGUGAGCCAGCACAUGGUGCUGUUGAAGGCAACACGAGCAAACGGUGUUCCAAGGAAGUCUGGGGAAGUCAUUAGCGAUAGCGAAACGGAAAUUGACCCACCGACCGGGACUCCAUGGUCUGUUGACGAGGAUGAGGAUAGUGAGGACGAUGAGUAGUAAGUGGUGUUUUGUAUCGCUUAUCUUGUAGUAUUAAAGAUGGGAUGGUGGGUGGAUUAGAUGAUAUGUUUAUGGUUUCAAUAUAAUUUGUUUACAUAUAUCAAGUAUGUGCGAAGGGGCGAACCCUUAGGAUACGAGGGUUUAUUGUUAUGAUCAAUCUCUUAUACACAUAGCUGUUAACAAAC